CUGGUUUUCGUCAGUUCGACCGCUUGCUCUCGAAUGCAUCGCUUGUGAACGCUAGUUAGUAUCAGAAUUUUAAAAAAAAUUUUCCGUUUCAACAGAUUGUCUAAUAUAGACUAAAACUGUUAUAUCAACUUAUUGUCUGUGCUGCGACGUGCUCUGUAUUGCAUGGAAAAUUUCAUCAUGUCGACAUACACAUCGGCGGAGUUUCAAAAAGAUUUUCAGGCUAAAUUGGCUGGCUCAGACGGCAUCGACCUGGCAUACGCUUUGAAGACGCUCGGGAACAAAGAUGCCUUCUCGCUGAUGAACAACGCCUCCUUGGCCGGCAUGUGGUCUAUUCAACGGCCGGACCUAACCCGACGCAAUUCUACCUCUUCUGUUUCUUCAAUCGCCGCGACAAGGAAUAGACUGAAUACAAGCCCGUUAACUUCAAUAGCUAAUAUUAUACCUGAAGCGAGCACUGCAACUAUUACAGCUGCUGCAUCAAUUUUAAGUUCAAUUCCACCAACGGAAGACAGUUUUCGUGGGCGGGCCUACAGUGAGGGAGCUAACUCGUUGUCUAUUGAAAACGCAUUGCAACCUCAGCAACAACCGAUUGCAUCAAGCCGGUAUAAGACUGAAUUAUGUAGGCCAUUCGAAGAAAAUGGAAAAUGCAAGUACGGUGACAAAUGCCAGUUUGCACACGGAAAGCAAGAAUUGCGACAAAUGGUUAGGCAUCCAAAAUACAAAACCGAACUCUGUCGUACAUUCCACACAAGCGGUUUCUGCCCAUACGGACCUCGAUGUCAUUUUAUCCACAACCAAGAAGAUACUACGAACCUUCCCCCUAACAAAAUGCAGAAUGGACCGACAUCGACCGGAAACUUAACUCAUCAGGCAGUUCAGAGCAAUGCAUUUGGAGCCGCAAUGAUGCCAAGGUGUGCCCCCGUCGCUGUUCCACAACCACACAUAUCCGAAAGAAAUCAUUUCAAUCACCGACCUUCACAACUGGACCUUUUGAAGCAACUCGAAGCUGGAUCUAACUUCGGCGGUAUGUCGUAUCCUCAGCCAUCACUGAGCCCACCAAACAACUCGCCGCCUUAUUAUCAUGGAGACAUCGGUUCGACCGUUCUCAUGUCACCCACUUCGCCGAAUUCUGCUACAAACGGAAGUAUGUUCAACUUCAAUAUUCCGUUUCAGAAUGAUCGAAUACCCUCCACUGCUAGUGACCUAGCUAGUAUGCUGUCAGGAAUGCCACAAUAUGAAAUGCAGCAUUCGCCACCAACCAUGUCCACUUUUGAUAUGUUUCGCUCUCAGGGAAUCCAAGAAACCACCGUGAAUGACGAUAGCGCCUUCGAAACACCGCCCGACUCUGACCGUGAAUCUUUGACGGGAUCUCCACCCGAAAAGCAAAGGCUUCCAAUUUUUAGAUGUCUUUCACAGUCGGAGUAACUCGUGUCGGGUCACUGAUUGGCAAAGGUGCAGUUUGCUAGUGACUUCAGUUUCUAGUGACAUGCUCGAUUUAGCUCGCUAUUAUACUUCGAGUAACCCGUCAAAUGGGAAAGACGGAAUCGGGCAUUUUUUUAUUGUGUUUUAUUUUAUUUCUCAAGGGAUUUGCUGAGCAGUGCAGACGAACUGUAAGUGCCUUUCUUGAAAUUUUCUUUUGAUGUUAAAUUAUUAUUAUUGUGAUUCUGUAGAUAAAAAUGCACUUCGGCAUAUUUGGGCAACUCCAACAAAAUUAGCCUGCGUUGGAUAUCGCAUCCCGAUUACUGUCAUUGUCAACAGUUUUUUCACUAACGAUCACAACUUUUGGUAUUUUGUUUUUUUUGCCAAGACUUUUAGUGACUUUGUCUGUUUCCAGUACUACAAUGUUCAAUUUUAAACCAGUUUAUUACGCUUUUGUCGAAUAGCCACUUUCUAUUUGUUUUCAUUUAUUUUAUUUGUUGCUUCUAUUGUCACUAAUUUAUAGUACUUGUAUUUUUCCAUACAAACAAAGUAUACCGUAUACUAGCUGCUCGUGAUUGCUGCAUCUGCCAUGCCUUUUGCCAGAGUGGGUUGCAGUUUUAACUGGUUUAGAACGACAAGCCCAUUUAACUUCAAGGCACCUGUCAUGUUGUAUAGUAUGUUAGUGUUGUAUUGACAAAAGCCCACAACCCCACAAAAGGUGUAUUGACAUAUUGGUGGUGUUUAGAAUGGUCUUCGCGGUAAAAGUAGAAUUGAUUUUCAGUAUUGUUCUUGUUUGUCAAGCAUAAGCUAACUAUGGUUUUUGUCUCGGACGACCCAUACAUAUAUGGCACACAUUUGGCUGUGCAUGCGUAUUUUAAACUGCCAUAAAGCGACUUGAUAUAUUUGUAACCACUGUGUUGAUAAUAAUAUUAAUAAUAAAUUCUUAUGUCAUAAUGAUGCGAUUUUAAAUGCAGUUGACUACGGUGCUUCGCCAAGACGCACGACGCGGUGGGUUGGUAUAUUUUAGUCUGGUACAAGUUCUGUAUCCGCUGCUGAGCGUAUAUGCAUGCAUAUGGCUGCCAGAAUGGUAGUUCGACGAUUUGAACGGCCGGAAGGACUAGCAAAGUUUUCGCGUCCGUCUCACCAGCAAGCACUGUAAAUCAUUUUUAAAUUCAUAGGAAAAAUGAAAUAUUACGUUUAUUUUUAUGCCUGUUUUAUUUAGCUUUAGUUUUUGGAAAUGUCUCGGCCAAAUGGUGAAGCAUAAGGUGUGAGGGAAAUCAAUUCCCUGUGUUUUGAAGGCCUACGAUUGUAGUAUUUAUAUUUUUGGCGUCAUAAGUUAUUGCUUUUUUCUUGAAAAACACACUAUACUAACCUUAGUGUUGAUUGCUGUUUUGUGCUGUUGCCCAUUUUUUUCCCGCUUAUGAUAUAUCCCAUUUACUAUGCUCAAGUGUAUACGUUAUUAUCGUUUUUUCAACAAUAUAUUACAGUUUCUAUUUAUUGUCAUUUUUUAUUCAUAAGUUGCUCGAACGCAUUCCUUUAUCCGCUUAUUUAACUUAAUCAUAAUUUAUGUUCUUAAUGAGGCGCGAGUGAUGGGUUUUAUUUUUGCGUUAACGUAAAUUUACACUAUGUGCGUGUUCGAAAACGCUGUGAUUGAAAAUAGUGUUUUCAUUCGUUAAUUUUGAUGUGCCGAGUUGCAUUAUGAAUGCAAUUGCUGCAUUUGCCGCAUACGAACACCAUUGAGCAACCACGCUGAUAGAGUCUCGUGGUUUAAAUAUUUUUAUUGUAUUAGCGCGCCGCGAGUAUACAUCCCGUCACGUGAUGCCCGAGCCCUCUCAACACGAUGUCUUGUUUGCUUGGUUUUCGUGUUAGUGUGUGUGCGCGGUGGUGCACGUUCUGCGACUGUUUCAGGAAGACAGAGCGCUGACAAAGCCUCACAAUUCCAAGUCGCACGGUCGACUCAGUAAGCGAUCAAACAUUUUACGCUGCCUGGUAUUUGUCACCUUCGAUUGAGUAGAAAAUUAAAUUUCAAACCAUGAUAAAAAAUAAUAGCAAUUAUUUGGACUUCGACAAAUUUCGAAUAGCGCCAUACAAGCUGAAUAUCAUACCACUGUAAUGCGUUUCAUCCGUCAGGGUGCUGUCGACAUUUCACUUGUUGCAAUACGUAUGCAAUCGUGAUAUGACAGCGCGCCAUCCGACUGCACUGUUGUGAAUUUGUUAUUUUCUUGUGGCGCACAAAAUUUUGGAAGAUUGAAUUUUUAUUGCAGCAGUAAUUGUGUAGUGUUUAGAGCAUUGCUGUUUUCUGCCUAUUUCAUAUCACAAAGAAAUAUUUCACUCAUGUUUCUACAUUUACAUCAUAUUGUGGAUAAUAUUUUUCCUGUCACGUGCUUUUCAACGCGAAUACAAUAAAAAGAAACGAUCAAAA